CGGGGAGGUCACGUGGCAGGGCGAGUUGUGGAGGGCAGCGCGGCGCAGCAAUGGAGGCGGGCGAGGGGCAGCCGAAAGCCCACCUGGCCGCGCUGGUGCUGGCGCGGGGCGGCAGCAAGGGGAUCCCACUGAAGAACAUCAAGCUGCUGGCGGGGGUGCCGCUUAUCGGCUGGGUGCUGCGUGCCGCCACCGACGCCGGCGUCUUCCACAGGUGCGCAUCCCUGCAUCCCCAUCCGUCCGAGCCCGCUCCCGCUGCGCCCCUUGGCGGGUCAAGUAUAUGGGUUUCUACAGACCAUGAUGAAAUUGAGAAGGUUGCAAAGCAGUUUGGUGCUCAAGUUCAUCGCAGAAGCCCUGAAGUAUCUCAAGACUCCUCAACUUCUCUAGAAGCCAUCAGAGAGUUUCUUAAUCAUCAUCAUGAGGUUGAUAUUGUAGGAAAUAUACAAGCAACAUCUCCCUGUUUACAUCCCAGUGAUCUUAUAAAAGUGGCAGAUCUUAUCCAGAAGGAGGGGUUUGAUUCAGUCUUCUCUGUUGUGAGACGGCAUCAGUUUAGAUGGAGCGAGGUAAAAAAAGGAGAAGACAAAAUGACAGAGCCCCAAAACCUGAAUCCAGCAAAACGAUACCGAAGGCAAGAUUGGCCUGGGGAGCUGUAUGAAAACGGCUCAUUUUAUUUUGCCAAGAGACAUUUGAUUGAGAAAGGCUACUUGCAGGGUGGUAAAAUGGCCUACUAUGAAAUGCGUGCAGAGCACAGUGUGGAUAUUGAUAUAGACAUUGAUUGGCCUAUUGCAGAGCAGAGAGUAUUGAGCUUUGGAUAUUUUGGCAAAGAGCCAUUAAAAGAAGUGAAGCUAUUGGUUUGCAGUAUUGAUGGAUGCCUGACAAACGGUCGCAUUUAUGUAACAGAAGAUCAGAAGGAAAUGGUCUCCUACGAUUAUAGAGAUAUCGUUGGUAUUAAUCUAUUAAAGAAAAGAGGAAUUGAGGUUCGACUAAUCUCUGAAAGACAUUGUUCAAAAACACUGUCAGCCAUGAAGCUGGGAUGUAUAGCAAAAAUUAGUGCAACAAAUAAAUUACAAGUCCUGGAAGACUGGAAAAAAGACAUGGGUUUGAGCUGGAAAGAAGUUGCUUACUUGGGAAAUGAAGAGUCUGAUGUAGAAUGCCUGAAGAAAGCUGGCAUGAGUGGUGUGCCUGCUGAUGCUUGUACAGUUGCUCAGAAGGCUGCUGGCUACAUUUGUAAAAGCAGUGGUGGCUGUGGAGCUGUCCGGGAGUUUGCAGAACAUAUAUUCCUGUUGUUAGAAAAAGUGAACUCUGCAAGAAAGCAAAUGGAAACAGUGAGUUCAGCAGGAGAGGAAGCAGGGGGAAAUGACAACAGCAGGAGAGGAAGUACGGAACUAAUAAAAAAAGAGUAACGCAGUUGGUCAAUCCUACUUUUCUUCUUCUCUUCCUCCUUCAGUAAGUCUGUAUUCCAAAGGAUGGCUUGUCUUUCAAGUUGACAUGGCAGUAGAGUUAAAAAGAUGCUUCCCUCUAGUGUAAGGUCCCCCUUUGAUUAAGUGCUGAUAUUUAUUCAUGAUCUUAUGCUGAUAAUCAUGAUUAUUUGAUCAUGAUAUUCAUGAUUUUUUUAUUAUAUCAUGAGUAUGUCAUAAAUAAAUGUAUUUUAUUAUAAUAAUAUUCAUGAUUAUUUUAAAAGCCAUUUAAGUGCAAUGGAAGGAAUGCUGCAAAUGGUAGUGUCCUGUAAAUCUACUCUUAAAUCAUUACACCUGUCUUACAAGAAGAGUGUAUUUUAUUUCAUAUUCUGAAUAUUUUCAGGGAUCAAAGAGUUUGCAUGACCUGAGGAUUUGUAAUUCAGACUUUAAAAAAAAAAAAUUAUGUCAAUUUUGUUUGUUUUGUUUACAUUUUGUCUGUUAAAUGUUAAUGAAAUGUUAAUAUGACAAUGUAGUUGUGUGCUUGCUUUUUACAGGAUUUGCCCCUAGUAAGGAAGAGAUUCAGCAUAUGUUGGAGAGGCGGGGUGUAAAAUAACUAUUGAACUUUUCUAUAAUUUUUAAAAGACAGCUCGGUUAUUGUAAAACCAGAUUAAUAUUAGUAUUAGUUAAGAAAAGCAUUUAAGCAUGUGUUCAAUUUUAAGCUCGUAAAUAAUUAAAUGGCAUUUGGAAUUAUGCCUCUUUAUCUUCAAAUCUGUUUAUUGAUUUUAUCGAAGUGCUUAAAUUAACAUGCUCAAAUGCUUUGCCAAACUUGGAGUUAAAUUUCCCAUUAACUUGGAGAUCUUUCCUUUGCAGAAACUUGGUUUCUUUUGAUGAAGGCUUUAUUAAUAAAAAAAAAAAAUUAAACCCCUGCUUUGUUUAUUGAAUGGAAAUGUAACUGCUGUUUAAAAAAGAAUACAGCAAAACCCAAAGUGUAGUUGUUGAUUGUGGGAUUAUGUAAAAUAUAUAUUCAGACUAUUUUUAGCAUGUUAAUUUAAAGCUGGUACAUAUGUAUGUUUUUAUUUAUGGAAAAUACAAUUUUCACUCUAUCUUGAUUUAAUGAACUCAGUAUCUGUAAAAAUAUGUGGAACUGACACUAAAAAUAUGCAUCAGUUUUCAGUCCUACUAUUUAUCAGUCAGGUUCUGCCUUGGGUGAUGCUAAAAAAUAAAAAGCACCCUUUGUACAUAGGCAGUUAUUACUGACAUAAAUAAUAAUGGCUUGUCAUUUCAUUUCGUUUCUCUGCUAACUAGACACUCUCAAUAUAAUAUCACUUGAUAUAUUGCCCUCUGUUGGUUAACUUUGUGAUUACUUCCUUUUACAAAGCAAAAUUUUAAACUGGAAGUAUUUUACCACCUAUCUACAGUAGUGAGGUUAAUAGGUAGGUAAAUAAUUUACUCUACUGAUCAGGUCUAAGUUAUCAUUUAAGUAUUUCCUUUCAGUGAGGUUUUAGGGUUUUGCACUGGAUAAAUGCCAUGGACUUUGAGAGAGCCAGGAGAAGCUCAGGAGAGCCACGUUUUGGACAGAAUUACAAACUUUGAUAUAGGCAGAUGAAUUACUUGAGUUGUAUGGACUUAGUUCACAUUGUCAUCGUCAAGUAACUUGCUGACUUUGAUGUCUAGAACAGUUCCCUCUGAAUGCAUAGCUUUAAGCAAGCUGACUGUGAUGAACUUGAUCCCUAUUCCUUUUAUGUUAGAUAAAACAAAAAUAUAAGUGCAAUUAUAAUAGAAAUAUGAGCUGCCAGUACUGUUUCAAUCAAGAUCUGUUCUAAUGUUUCAGCUACUUGCUGAAACUACUACUUAUAUGCUGCAUAUACCCAAAUAUGCUGUGCCUCUACCCAAAUGUCAAAACUAAAUGCAGAAACACUUUAGUAUGAGUGUUUGUAAUAGGCAGGAAGAAAUGGUGGCUGAUAUGUGUUUUCACUUUGACAAGUUCUUGUUUGGAAAAACGGGGUAUAAUCUUACAAUGGACAUAUAGGAAUAAAAUGAAGAAAAAAAAAGAGCUCUAGAGACUAUUUACAAACUACAGCCUGUUUGAGUAUAUGGAAGAUGCUCGAUCCACUGUCAUAAGUGUUAAGUUUUCUAUUGCUCACGUCAAGGGGAAGCCUAACUAUAAACUGCUGCAGCAUGAGAUGUGUCCUAAUUACUCCUUUACAUCUUGCAGAAAUCCUCAGUCCUAUGAAGGAUUUAGAGGUCACAGAGGGGCAGAGAUGCUGAGGCUAAUUCUAACAGUCACCAUAAAGGGGAAAUCGUGGGUCCAGGGCAAGCUUCAAGUGUAAUACUGUGACUGCCGUUUGUAAGAAGUGUGUAGUUCACACAGAGUAGGUUUUGAUGGUCAUUUUUAUUAUAGUGGACUGAUUUUAGAAUAAUUCUUUUGGUCAUGUGAUAACUGAUUACACGAAAUUGGAAAUAAACACUUUUCUUUAGUUUUUGAGUAGAGGAUGGUUAUGGGCUGAUUUAUGACAAAUUUGUAUGCUGUAAAUUGUACAUAUCCAAGUUCAUGUGCUUCAGAAAUGGAUUAUACGUGGUGAAGGUAAACACACUUAAUGGCCGAAUUUAUCUCAUGCCCACAUGGUGAGUUCCUCAGAAUCUUCAUCUUGAUCUGUUCUUGGAGGCAAAAAUUGAGUGUUUUUUGUGUCUGGUUACAUCCUCUUAAAUAAACUUGACUUGCCUGUGGUCAGUGUUUUCAGAUAGCUCUUUCAUACCACUGUAUGUUUUCUGCCUGUGUUUAUGGAACA